AUGGCCUUCUUUUUCAAUAGGGCCCGCCCCCGGCAGCCGUCGGACGUGGUGAGGUCGAUCAAAGAGCUGCUGUUCAGGCUGAGCGAGGCCCCUGCGGCGCCCAAGGUGGAAGAUGACCUAGCCAAACAGCUGUCUCAGAUGAAGCUUAUCGUACAAGGCACGCAAGAAGUCGAUUCGUCACCGGAACAAGUGCAGGCGCUGGUCCAGGCGAUUAUCCAGGAGGACUUACUCUACGACCUGGCGCGGAACAUCAGAUCACUGCCCUUCGAAGCCCGCAAAGAUACGCAGACAAUCUUCUCGCAUGUCCUCCGGUUUAAGCCCAUCCAUGGCCCCCAAACUGACCCGCCAGUCAUCUCGUAUAUCGUUCACAAUCGACCGGAGGUUGUCAUCGAGCUCUGCCGAGGGUAUGAGUACAGCCAGAGCGCCAUGCCCUGCGGGAUCAUCCUCCGCGAGGCGUUGAAAUUCGAUGUCGUCGCUGCCAUCAUCCUAUACGACCAGUCGGACGAGGGAGAGCCUGCAAUCCGGCUGACUGAUCUCCAGCCGGCCGUUGUCCAGUCGGGCGAUGGGGUGUUCUGGAAGUUCUUCCACUGGAUUGACCGGGGCAGCUUCGAAGUGAGCGCCGAUGCGUUUACGACCUUCCGGGAGAUUCUGACCCGCCACAAAUCCCUUGUGUCCUCAUACCUGACAAGCAACUUCGAGCUCUUUUUCGGACGAUACAACACCUUCUUGGUCCAAUCAGACUCGUAUGUGACGAAGCGCCAGAGCAUCAAACUGCUGGGCGAGGUUUUAUUAGACCGGGCAAACUACAACGUGAUGAUGGCCUACGUCGAAAGCGGGGAAAACUUGAAGCUUUGCAUGAAAUUGUUGCGAGACGAUCGUAAAAUGGUCCAGUACGAGGGAUUCCAUGUUUUCAAGGUGUUUGUCGCCAACCCGAACAAGUCCGUCGCCGUCCAACGCAUCCUUAUCAACAAUCGCGACCGCUUGUUGAAAUUCCUGCCGAAAUUCCUCGAGGACCGCACGGACGACGACCAGUUCACCGACGAGAAGAGCUUCCUGGUCCGCCAGAUCGAGCUGUUGCCCAACGAACCCAUCGACCCCAACCGUGCGCCGCGCGAGUCCUCACGCUCGGGCGUCAACACCGCCGUGGCUUGA